AACUAUAAUGUUAUGUUGGCUACUUAAAUGCUUUUCUAAAGUUGAGUUUUCAGAUUUAUCUGAAAAUUCAAACUUACAUUUAUUACAAAUUGGGUUAUUUGGUUUGUCAACUUUAAAAAAAAAGUAUUGCCACAAAGCUGAUAGCUUGUUUGAUGAAAUUGUAUUUGUCUCUGAUGUUAAAGUUGAUUCAGUAUUGGUUUUCAAUAUAGAAAUAGCAUUUGUUUCUAAUAUUGAUAAUGAUGAACUGGUAUUUAUUUCUGAUGUUAGAUAUGGUGAACUAGUAUUUGCUUCUAAUAUUGGAGAUAAUAGUUUACUAUAUAGAGCAUAA